CGUGAGGUUACCUCCCCUUCUUCAGUCAGCAGCAUCUUGUCGGUUCCCACAGACUCGCUCAAAAUGGCGUCUGCACCCGAUUACAGCUCCUACAACCAGAGUGGUGCCCAGCAGGGGUAUGCUUCCUAUGCUGCUCAGCCAUCACAGACUUAUGGCCAGUCAGCUCAGCAAGGCUAUGGCCAGCAGAAUUAUGGCUCAUACACCCAACCUGCUGCAGCUGCUGCUGAUAGCAGUUAUACUCAGACCACCCCUGCUGCCGGAGCAUAUCCUCAACAGCAAACACAAUAUGGAUCAACAUAUGGCCAGCAGCCAGCAGCUGGAUAUCCACCUGCCCAGUCCACUGCUCAUGGCUAUACACAGUCAGCCCAGGGUUAUGGGGCCAGUAGUUAUGAAAGCACCCCAGCUGCUGCUGCGGCCGCUGCUCCUGCUGCCUCUCAAUCUUAUGGCUCUCAACCAGGGUACACUGCCCAAUCUGCCUACCCUGGGUAUGGUCAACAGGCUGCACCUUCUGCACCUCAAAGUGCUAACAGUCAACCAGCUGCUGGCUACAAUCAAAGCUCCUACUCCCAAGCAACGUCUUAUGGACAGCAGCAGCCUGGAUACCAGGGUCAGCAGGCCGGCUACAACCAGCAACAGGGCUACCAACAGCAGACACCACAGCAGCAACAAGCUCCUCCAGCUUACCCUCCUCAGGGUGCUGGUUCUUACGGCCAACCAGCAGCUAAUCAAUACAACCAGCAAGGUGGACCACCCGGUUACAACCAGUCUGGCCCAUACAAUAAUUACAGACAGGAUGGUCAAGGGGGAGGUUCUGGCUAUCCAGGUGCAGAGCCUGGAAGGUACCCUGGAGGUGGAGACAACAGGGGAAGGGAUGGCUUUGACCGUGGAGGAAUGAUGCAUCGUGGCAGAGGCAUGGGUCGUGGAAUGGGCAGCGCUGGAGACAGAGGUGGCUUCAGUAAGCCUGGUGGACCUAUGGGCGGGGAUGAUCGCGAAAUGGGACGGCCAGAGGAGCAGGAUGACUCUGAGAACAGCACCAUUUACAUCACCGGAUUGACUGAGAAAGCCAACAUAGAGGAAAUGGCUGAGUUCUUCAAGCACGUUGGCCCCAUAAGGAUGAAUCGCAGACUGGGUCAGCCUGCUAUCAACAUCUACACAGACAAGGACUCUGGAAAGCCCAAAGGAGAUGCCACUCUGUCUUAUGAGGAGCCCAUCUGUGCCAAAGCAGCUGUGGAGCAUUUUGAUGGAAAAGAGUUUCAAGGCCGAAGGCUUAAGGUGUCCAUGGCACGCCGAAAGCCCAUGAUGGGUGGAAUGAGAGGUGGCAUGCCCAUGCGUGAUGGCAUGAUGGGCCGCGGAGGUAUGAUGGGGCGAGGAGGGGACCGUGGAGGUUUUGGUCCACGAGGUGGCCCACGUGGAAUGGGCAGAGGUGGACCAACAGGAGGCAACAUGCAGCAACGAGCUGGGGACUGGGAGUGUCCUAACCCGGGUUGUGGUAACCAAAACUUUGCUUGGAGGAUGGAGUGUAACCAGUGCAAAGCUCCCAAACCUGAGGGCUUAGGCGGUGGUCCUCCUUUCCCUCCAGGUGGUGACAGAGGCAGAGGUGGACCAGGAAUGCGCGGGGGCAGAGGUAUGGACCGUGGUGGACCAGCAGGCGUCGGUGGGCCAGGUGGACCCGGUGGAUUCCGUGGCGGUUGGGGAGGUGACCGUGGUGGAUUCAGAGGACGUGGAGGAAUGGACCGGGGAGGGUUCCGUGGAGCUGGGCGUGGAGGACCUCCCAUGGACCGAAUGGGUGGCAGAGGGGGAAGAGGAAUGGGACCACCUGGUGGCAAGAUGGAUAUGAGGGACCAUCGCCAGGAGCGUAGAGACCGACCUUACUGAAGGAAAACUUCUUGAUUCUUCCUGUAGUGGAUUUUGAUUUUUAAAAGAAGUUUUAAUUUAUGAUUCCAUAUUUUGAUGGUUAUAGAACUGCUUUCAUUCAACAAUGUGCAGUUUGUCCACUCUGUGGUUACCUUUUUUGUUUUAGUUCCUUUUUUUUUUAGUUAGUGUUUAUACUGCAUUCUGUAUUGUGCAUGUUUUUGUUUUUAAAUAUGAACAUUAGGUUUGCCAUUGUAUCGUAAAUGCAAUAUUUUUCAUUGGACAAUGUAACGGCCCCCCAUUUCCCAUAACUUACAGUUGUACUAUGAUAUACUUGGUAAAUAAAAUUUUGUGAAUUUCA